UUUUGGUACGGAACCCUAAUUACAGCUAUGUUGUACAAAUUCAUAAAGAAAUCCGUUGACUUUAAGACUAGAAGGCCAAUUCGAUCAUAUAUUUUGAUGUCCAAAUCUCUCGUUCUAGAUCGAUCUGAGUAUUUUAUUUAGUAGAUUUGCAUGUAAUAUUUUGAUAAGUAAGUAAUAUUAAGAAACAAGGAAUAAAGUCCUUUUUUAUCAUUGGGAGAAUUAUGCGCUUCAUCACAAAAGUUUUAUUUGUAUGAACGAUAGUAUUACUGCAACAAAUCGUCAUUGAGACAAGCUGGUUAUGUAAUAUUGACAGGUCUGAUGCGCCUUCGAAUUUGUGAAUAUUUAUUUGAUUGUAAACAGUUUUUUAAUUCAACAAUUUACCAUAAGCCACUUAUGAAUAAUUAUUGUAUUUUAUUUAUAUUCGAGUAUUCAGGGAUUUUUUGAGACCUUAGUUUGAGGUCGGACUGAUGUUAUAAAACCGGAUGGAUAGGCGUGAAUCAACUUUGUUUGAGUAGAACCACUAUACUAGUAAUUCGUGCCGCAUCAGAUGGAAAAAAUAAAUUUGUCAGUUAUUUACUUGUUAUACGUUGGAUUUGUAAAUAGUGGAACUGGGACGUCUAAAGUACCUGGAAAUAAAUUGUUAAACUUUGCUAUACCAGACGCGAGGUCGUUGAAGAAAUCGCUGAGAUUUGAUGAAGACAUUUAUCUCAAUUUCACAGAACUAGCCUACAAAUACAAAUACCCAACAGAAGAACACCACGUCGUCACCGAAGAUGGGUAUAUUCUAACCGUAUUCAGAAUUUUGCCAAAAUGUCGUAACGUUACCGGAUAUCCCAUAAUAUUGCUUCACGGCAUCUUUGACAGCUCAGACGUGUUCAUUUUAGCCGGACCGCAGAAUGGGUUAGGUUAUGUUUUGACCAAGAAUUGUUACGACGUGUGGGCCGCUAACCAUAGAGGCAACGUGUACUCGAGGAAGCAUCUACUUUUUGAUCCAAACAAAGACCCCGAAUACUGGAACUACUCGUUUGACGAACAUGGUUUCUACGAUCUCCCUGCCGUAAUAGACUACGUAAUGAAAAGUACUGGUCUGCCGAAAGUGAACUUCAUCGGGCAUUCCCAAGGCACUACGGAUUUCAUCACGAUGGCCUCUUUAAAACCAGAUUAUAAUGCUAAGAUACAGCUCUCAGUGCAUCUAUCUCCUGUUGUUUUCUUAACAACGUUCAGUAUACCAAUAUUAAAGUUGCUAGCACCUUCUGUGCAUAGUUUUAAAGAUGCUUUUGACAAGGCGGGCUUUAGUGAGGUCCUAGCUAAGCACCAGUUAGCUCACGCCUUCAUGGAAUAUUCCUGCCGUUUUGCUCCUGAUGCUAUUUGUGGGACUGGCCUCUAUGUCACUACAGGAUAUAAAAGUGGUACUAUAUCGUCAAGAAUAUUGUCCGUUGCAGCAGGACAUCUUUUCUCAGGAGUAUCGACUAAAAGUCUGGCGCAUUUAGGACAGCUGAUAGCCUCACAAAAGUUCCAGCGAUACGAUGAAGGAACAGCAGGCAACAUCGAAAGAUAUGGCACACCUCGGCCACCUGAGUAUAAUUUGUCCAAAGUGACGUCACCAGUGCUUUUGAUGACAGGACAAAAUGAUUUUCUUUCACCAUUGGACGACGUUAAUAAACUGGCUUCAAAACUACCAAACUUAAUAGAAAAUGUUAUUAUUCCCAAUCCAACGUGGAGUCAUAAUAACCAUUUGUGGGGAAAAGAUGUUUGGAAAUUUGAGUUUCCUAAGAUUUUAGAGAAUAUAAGGUCUUUUAAUUCUUAGUGUUUCAUGUGUCUACUGUAAACUAGUUCUUAUGAAUAAAUCCUAAAAGUGCGGGGCCAUGACGGGAGUUUAUGGUGAUAAAGGUAUCCAAAGAUUAUGAAUAAGUAAUUGAUAAAGCUU